AUGCUUUCCUUCAGAACUAAGAAUUAUAAUGGCUACGCCGUACAAUAUUCUCCGUUCUUUGAUAGUAAAUUAGCAGUGGCAUCUGCCGCCAAUUAUGGUCUUGUGGGUAAUGGGAAACUUUUCAUUCUCAAUAUUCAACCCAAUGGUGAAAUAAUAAACGAGGUGUCAUGGGAAACUCAAGAUGGUUUAUUCGAUUUAGCAUGGCUGGAAAUCCACGAAAAUCAAGUUGUAACCGCCAAUGGUGAUGGAUCUAUCAAAUUGUUUGAUAUAAAAGUUCCUAAUUUCCCCAUAAUGAAUUAUAAAGAGCAUCAAAAAGAGGUAUUUUCCGUCAAUUGGAAUUUAGUUGAUAAAUCAUCGUUCGUAUCGUCAUCAUGGGAUGGUACUAUUAAAGUAUGGAACCCACAGAGACAACAAUCAAUAGUAACAUUAGCCAGUGAUGGAUCUAAUGGUACGGGAGGACAAUCAUCAGUUCCUAUUUCUCAUCAACCAAAUCAUCAAGUCAACACUACUAAUUGUGUUUAUAAUGCUACAUUUUCACCUCAUCUGCCAUCACUUAUUCUUAGUUGUAAUGGGUCAUCGAAAAUAUCUUUAUGGGACAUCAGAUCACCUCAACCAUUGAUAGUUAAUUAUAUAGGUCAUUCAGGAUUGGAAACUUUGACUUGUGAUUGGAAUAAGUAUAAAUCCGAUAUCAUUGCAUCUGGAGGUACUGAUAAAUCCGUAAGGAUUUGGGAUCUUAGAAUGAUCAAUCGAGUUGAUCAACAGAUUCCUGGCAUGCCUUCUCAUAAUUUAAGAGGACCUACCCCAUUAAAUGAAUUAUUAGGUCAUGAAUUUGCCAUUCGUAAAGUUCAAUGGUCACCUCAUAAUAGUGAAGAACUCAUAAGUGUUAGUUAUGAUAUGACAUGUAGAAUAUGGAAUGAUAAAUCGAACCUGAAUGCCCGAUUCUUAAACACUCAAACUGGAGGUUUAAGAGGAGUUAUGAAUAAUCAUCGGGAAUUCGUAAUUGGUUGUGAUUAUAGUCUUUGGGGAGAUCCUGGUUGGGUAGCUACCACUGGUUGGGAUGAAAUGGUUUAUGUAUGGGAUUCCAAGAGGCUUAUGCGCUAA